CCCUGGCGUUCUACCCUUCGGCGCGUGUUCGCGUUUCCAGCUUUGAGUGGUUGUCCCAGCGCCGGCUGUCAUCACCCAUGGCUCAGCAGCCGCUGCGUCUUUUGGCUUGUGGCGAUGUUGAAGGGAAGUUUGAUGUUUUAUUCAAUAGAGUUCGAACAGUUCAGAAGAAGAGUGGGAACUUUGACCUGCUGUUGUGUGUAGGAAAUUUCUUUGGCUCUACCCAAGAUGCCGAGUGGGAGGAAUAUAAGACUGGCCACAAGAAAGCUCCUAUUCAGACAUAUGUUCUUGGUGCCAACAACCAGGAGACAGUGCAGUAUUUCCAGGAUGCUGAUGGGUGUGAAUUAGCUGAAAACAUCACUUACCUGGGUCGAAAAGGUGUCUUCACUGGAAGCUCGGGGCUGCAGAUUGCGUAUCUCAGUGGGACAGAGUCCUUAGAUGAACCAGUCCCAAGUUACAGUUUUAGUCCCAAGGACGUGUCUUCUCUGAGAACAAUGCUGUGUUCAGCAUCCCAGUUUAAGGGUGUUGAUAUCUUGCUCACGUCCCCAUGGCCCAAGUAUGUGGGGAGCUUUGGGAAUUCUUCUGGAGAAGUGGAUACCAAAAAAUGUGGCUCAGCUUUGGUCUCCAGUCUUGCUGCAAGCUUGAAACCAAGGUAUCAUUUUGCUGCUUUGGAAAAGUCAUAUUACGAGAGACUUCCGUACCGAAACCAUGUUGUUCUACAAGAAAGCGCGCAGCAUGCCACCCGCUUCAUAGCGCUGGCCAAUGUUGGGAAUCCGGAAAAGAAAAAGUAUCUUUAUGCAUUCAGUAUUGUUCCCAUGAAGCUAAUGGCUGUAGCAGAACUGGUAAAGCAGCCUCCAGAUGUCACUGAGAAUCCUUACCGAGAAUCUGGAAAGGAAGCAGCUGUAGGAAAACAAAUUCCUGCCCCUCAGGAAGAACCUGCCUGUCAAUUCUUCUUCGAUUUGAAUGAAAAGCAGGGAAGGAAGCGGUCAUCCACAGGCAGAGAUAACAAGCCUCCUCAGGCCAAGCAGCCUCGCAGACCUCCUCAGCCUCCAGGACCUUGUUGGUUUUGCCUUGCCAGCCCUGAAGUGGAAAAGCAUUUGGUGGUCAACAUUGGCACACAUUGCUACCUCGCCCUGGCUAAAGGAGGCUUGUCUGAUGACCAUGUCCUCAUCCUGCCUAUUGGACACUACCAGUCAGUUGUGGAGCUCUCAGCAGAGGUGGUGGAAGAAGUGGAGAAGUAUAAGGCUACUCUGAAACGCUUCUUUAAGAGUCGAGGGAAGCGCUGUGUUCUAUUUGAAAGAAACUAUAGGAGCCAUCACCUGCAGCUUCAGGUCAUUCCUGUGCCCCUCAGCUGCUGUGCCACAGAUGACAUUAAAGAGGCCUUCAUCACCCAGGCCCAGGAGCGACAGAUAGAGCUGUUGGAGAUUCCAGAGCACUCAGACAUCAAGCAGAUUGCACAGCCAGGAGCAGCGUAUUUUUAUGUUGAACUCGACACAGGAGAAAAGCUUUUCCACAGAAUUAAAAAGAAUUUUCCUUUGCAAUUUGGAAGGGAGGUGCUGGCCAGUGAAGCCAUCCUCAAUAUUCCUGACAAGGCUGACUGGAGGCAGUGCCAAGUCAGUAAGGAAGAGGAGGAGACCCUGGCUCGCCGCUUCCGGAAAGACUUUGAACCUUUUGACUUCACCCUGGAUGACUAGGCAAAGGGAAGGCACUGUAUGGACGUUGCGGGAAAUUGUUACAGCCUGUUUUUCAAGUGAAACUGCAAUCUCCCGUGGGGGCUGCCUCCCUGCCUCUGUUCCAGAUAUCCCCAUGGAACCUGCUUGCAGCAGCAAGAGACCUAGGAAAGUCACUCUGAGAUGCAACUGUGUGUUAGAAGAAUGUCUGCUACGUAUUUCUAAGAAGAGCUGUGUUUCUUCACAAAUCUUUGAACCUUUGAGGUUGGGUGUAGUUGCUCAUGCCUGUAAUCUCAGAAAUUGAGGAGUUGUAGCAGGAAGAUUGCUGUGAAUUCAAGGCCAGCCUGGUCUACAUAGUGAGUUCCAGGCCAGUCUGGGCUAUUGAUGUGAGACCCAUGCAGACGGAUUUGCUAAAUGGUCUUAUUAAUAAAAACCUGGAGCCAGA